AAAUUUGCUACCCUGGCGGUAUUUGUUGCACUAGUGAAUUUAAUUCAAUAACAUUGAACAAUUGGUCAAAUUCCACAGCAUCAUACCAGCAGCAACAGGUUUCCGUAUCACACGUCUGCACAAAAGUGAAAGUGCACAAGGAAACUGCUUGCUUAAUAGUUUACGCUAGCAAGAACUCUUCCUCAAAGGAUCGACAACAAAAGACGCUUAGGGCUAUCACGAGCAUUAACAAAGAAAUAAAUUGAGUUCCUAGGUUAUGCGUAUCCACUGACCAUUUGCGAGCAUACUGCCAAGUACAAAGUUCAAUUGUGCACCGUCUAAUUGAUAGAAUACGCAUCACAUAUUUCUGACUUCAAAACCAAAACACAUACAUACAAAACAAACAAAAUGUCAGAGGCACCAGCACAAGAGCGUAAAGCAAAUCCCUUCAAAGCUUUUCUUAGUGGCGGCUUCGGUGGCAUAUGCAAUGUUUUAUCUGGUCACCCGCUGGACACCAUUAAGGUGCGUCUGCAAACAAUGCCACGACCAGCACCUGGUCAGGCACCAUUAUAUACGGGCACCUUUGAUUGUGCUGCCAAAACCAUUAAGAAUGAAGGUGUCCGUGGACUGUACAAAGGCAUGUCUGCACCACUUACCGGUGUAGCGCCAAUUUUUGCAUUGUGCUUUGCUGGUUACGCAUUAGGCAAACGCGUACAACAAACUGGUGAGAACACCAAAUUAACAUACUCGCAAAUUGCUAUUGCGGGCUCGUUUUCUGGUUUGAUGUCAACGAUAAUAACAGCGCCUGGUGAGCGUAUCAAGUGUUUACUCCAAGUGCAACAGGCCUCUGGUGGUGAGCGUAAAUACAAGGGUAUGAUGGAUACCGCAGUGCAACUCUACAAGGAGGGCGGUAUACGUAGUGUUUAUAAGGGCAGUUGUGCGACGCUUUUGCGAGAUUUGCCCGCAAACGCCUUUUAUUUUCUCGCUUACGAGUAUAUCCAAGAUAAGGCCAAAGAGCAGACUGGCAGCGAGAAGAUCAGCGUUACUUCGACGAUUUUCGCCGGUGGUGCCGCUGGCAUAGCAUAUUGGUUGGUCGGUAUGCCCGCCGAUGUGUUGAAGAGUAGAUUGCAAACAGCGCCCGCCGGCACAUAUCCAAAAGGUGUACGCAGCGUUUUCAAGGAUCUCAUGCGUCGCGAUGGUCCCUUGGCUCUAUACCGUGGCGUUACACCGAUCAUGUUGCGUGCCUUCCCCGCAAAUGCUGCCUGCUUCUUUGGCAUUGAAUUGGCCAAUGAUGCUUUCGAUGCCAUCGCCGCAUUGUUCUAACUCAAAACUUUGCCUAUAAGACUAAAGAAGUUUUUAUAACACUAAAUUUAAAUAGUGCACUUAUAUUUGAAAAAAGUUGCAAUAGAUUUUAUUAACAAGAAAGUAUAUUUUCUUAAUAAAUAUUAUUUUCACAUUGUUGUUGUAGAAAUAUAUAGAUUAGGCUUUUAUAAUGCAUAGAAGAAUAUGAAAAUAUACACAAAUAUUGGAAGAAACGA